CAUUUUUUGUUUCGUGAUAAACUUCAUGAUAUUCACACUGUUUGCGCGGAAACGUGUUGUGUCUAAUUUAAUUCCGAGAAAAUAAAAAUUGAAAUAAACGCAAUGUUUGUUGAUUUCUUUUGACAAUAGUGAGUGCAUUAACACUUGAAUAUCGCCAAAUGUAUUUCUAACAAUUGUGACGAGUUAAAAACUUAACCACAAAUAUGACGGAGAUUGCGAAUUCAACAAUGUUUACGAAUGGUAGACUCUCGUCCGGGCCCUCAAAUUUGAUACAACAGGCUUUCCAAGGGGUCGACGAGGAGGAGGAUCAUCAUAAUUUUGUCGCUUACAUUGAAAGUGAUGAGAAUGGAUCACAAAUGAUACGUUUAUCGCCAGAGGCGGCUGCUCAAUUUGGAUUUAAUGUCAACAUGGAGGGUGGAAUCUCGGGAGAGGUUACAUUCCUACCGAGCGACGGAGAUGCCGUACCUGAAAUGCAAGCUGAAAUUAAUACCGAUAAUGUUUCUAAUGUAAAUUGUUCCAGAUAUGACGAGUGGUCGGUUGAAGGCCUGAAUCAAACCGAAACUUUUCAACACGGCAACAACAUGGGAACGAAUAUUUCCAUGGAUUUGGUAAACAGCGAAAAUUGUCCUCAGGAUUCUUCAACGCUACUAGAACAUUCCAACGAAUUAAUGCAAGUAAAUUCUGUUUUACAACAAGAUAAUAUUUCAAAUUUCGAUAAAAAUCAAAUGACAAGUGCUGAGAAUUGCAUGCAAUAUGCUCUUCUCGACAAUCAAUCUUCCCAAACACCGUCUUUUGUCACUGUCACAACAUCGCAAGGUCAGAUUUUACAAAAUCUACCAAUGAUGAUACCCACGUCGCAAUAUUCCCUAAAACCCAUUCAACCGAUAACGAAGACUUCGAAAAAUGUCAGAAUUCUUCCCAAUGCUGGAAAAAAUAUCACACCGGUCACCACAAUUCACUCGAUUAACAAUGGAACAACCUCAAAUGCGGUAAUUUUUUCAAACGCAACACUCUUAAAUACUGUGUCGCCUCAGGUUAUUAAAGCCAUGCCGAUUUCGACUCAAUUUCUCAAUUCUAAUGGCAUUGUAACUGCUUCCGAUUUUUUGUCCGGUUCGUGUGAAAUUUCCAAUCAGUCGGUCAAUGGAACUCUUUCUGAUUCUAUGGCAAAUUCGACGAAUUUAAUUAAUAAUCAACUUUCUCAAUUGAUAAAAGUAAAUCCAAGUUCCAUCCAAAGUGGAAAUCUCCAUCAGGUCGUAACUUCGGUGAUGAAGACUACGAAUCCAUCAUCUCCGACGCUGAAAAAUACUCCGAUAUUCACAACCUCGAACGUCACGUCUCCGACUAAUUUUCGAAAAACUACAAAUCCGAUUGUCCGUUCGGUAACAAAAUCAGUCGCCAAAACGUCUCCAAAAGUCACCAAUAAUGUCGUGUUACAAAGUGCGUCUCAAGUAAAAGUCCAAGACAUUCGCAACAAUACGAGUCCAAGUUCCGUUCUUCGAACCAAUUCCUCAGUUUCGCUCCUCAAGCAACAACCCAAAACGACCUUUGCCAAAAGAAUCGUUAACUUACAAUCGCUCAACAACAUUGCAAAUAAUGUCCAAAAUUUGCAAAAAACAAUCAACUUGAAACAAAAUACUGUGGAGAGAACUUGCGAAAAAAGCCCCGUAAUGAAAGUACAAGAAGUCCCCAACCAAUUACGAAACAUAAAGAAUCUAAAAAACAUCAAAUCCAUGCCAAAUGUUGUCCUCGAGAAAGUCAAGGGUUCGAAUUAUUGUGCUAUAAAAUCGGCAGGAAAUUGUACACUCACAAACUCUACCACUCUUCCCCCAAGUGCUCGGAUCGCCAUAUCAAAAACAAAACUAAACCCCCUUGUUUCAAACAACACAGUUGUCGCUACAUUAAAAUCAAAUUCCCUAAAUUCAAACGGAAUUCUAAAAACCGAAACACCGGUAAAGCAAGAAAUCGCCAAAGUCGAUAAUUCAAAACCCCUCGGAACGUGCAAGAAUCCAAUUCCAAUCAUCACGCACUCAAAGGGAAAAACAUUCAUAAUCGACGACGGUGUCCCCGCUUCUCAAAUCUCUCAAAUUAUUCAAAAAUUCAACAGAGAUCAACACAAUUUCGAUCAAUAUACCAACGAAGAAACCGCCAACACAUCUAAAGAAAAAGUCGUCUAUCAAAUCGUCUACCCCACCGAUUUGGACCUAAUCGGCAGACGUGCACCCCAGGUAGUUCAAAAACGACCCGCAAAACGUGGUAGACCGAAGAAAAACUCCGUAAAACCGCAACCACCCCCUCCGUCCAAACCAGUAUCCGAAGAGGAUCGCGAGUUGAAGAACGAACGAAAAAAAGUCGUUGCCCGAACACGAUCUGGUCGUUUAUCCCGACCUCCGAAGCACAUGGUUCGCGACUACAAGCAUUUACAUCCGGUCGACUUUACCCAACCGGAUCUCGACGAUUCCGACGGUGGUUACAGUGACUAUAACACGAAUGGCGACUUUCCCGACGACGACGAAUCACCAAAGGAACUAUUAACAGGUCUAGAAGUCCCGAAGCGAAAGGUUUCGAAAGAAUACCUCUGUCCCACGUGCUCGAAAACCUAUCUCGGUCGCGAGAAAAUGAUUUUCCAUUUUCAAAAAUAUCCUAGUCAUGGGAGUAUGGACCAACUUCCGCCCCCGAAACCCAAGACCGAAGUCGGUCAAACGCUCGACACUCUGAAACGAAAGGGCAAGAAACGCGGUCCCUGGGGAACGCCGGAGGAAAAAUCGGCCCGACGACAAGAGAAAUUGAAGAAUGCGAUCGCCGUUUGUGAGAAGAAUGAAAUUUGCAAUAUCGCUGCAAAGCCGGUGUUGAACGCCUUAUCUUUGUUCGAUCUCAUGGUUCUUAAGUCGGAGAACAAUGUCAUGAAUUUUAUGCGUAUUUUGAAGGAUCUGAUGAACAAUGUUCGGGAAAGAGCUUCUAGCAUGCUAACCACUCCGAAAGAGGACGAGAGAAAUACCACCGACAUCAUGGACUUGAAUGACGAUCUUCUCUGCGACGCUUUGGGCCUAAAUCCCGGUCUGUACAAAAUUAACAACGUCUUCGCCCGUAAGGAAAACAACCUCGAGGACGAACCUCCGCUAAAAAAGGCGAAAAUCGAAGGUCUCGAGGAAGAACUCCUCCAUCAUCACCACCACCACCACCAUCAUCAUCACCUCGAGGAGCGAGCCUCAAGCGGCUUCUCCGACGGUUCCGACAUCAGUUCAAGUUCCAAUUGUCCCGAAGUGCUCACAGCCCUCACCCUCGUUCCCCGAAACACCAGCCCCCACGACGAACCCUGCAAGCUAAUUGGCUCGAAACUCGUCAUUUCAAACCCGGAAAUUCAAAACGAACUCUGUGAAAAUAACGGUUUUCGCAAAAUCGACAUCAGUAAUAACAGUUUUCAAAAAUUCGAAACCCCCCUAGAGGAUCAGACCUUCAUCAAACUGCAAUCGACCGACAAGAAAUUCAUCAAACUCGAAAAUGGAAUGAUGGGUAACUAUCAAAAUAAUCAAGCGCCCGAGGAAAAUUUCCCCGAGAUGCAAAGUUUCGCGAGUGCAACGGAAAGUUUCACGAAAAGCUUCCAAACAAGUGAGAGUAAUUCGAACAUUUUCGAAGGUCUCGAGAAUUUAGAAGUGAAAAUGAACUACGAUCAUUUGGCACAAUUGGCAAUGUUAAAUGCAACUGGCGAAAUGGAACAGUCGCAUAUGACGGAGCAAAUUGAACAAAUUGUCAGUGAUAAAUUAAGUGACAUGAUUCCUGGUGAUUUACUCGAAAAUAAUCUAAUUUCGAAUAAUUCAAUAAGUUCCGAUAUUUCGUUUGCUUUCAAUUCUUCACUAACCGAGGAAUAUCCAUUCAGAAGUAUUAGAAGUUAGAUAAGUUUACAAGUACUUAAAUAAACCUGUACAGUUGUAAAUAGCUUUCUACGUUAUUAAGAAAAGAAUUUAAUUUCAUGAGGUUUUAUUUAUUUAUUACAAAAUACUUCUUUGUGUUAAAAAAAAAAUUCGACUUUGAAAUGUUAAAAGUUAAAAUUAUUAUUUAAACUUCUACGAAUUAAAAUGAUGAGAAUAAUUUAUUUUGGUGUCUAAUUUUCUAUUUAUUACCAGAAUAAUCACUAAAUCUACUGAAAAAAUUAAGUGAUUGUCACAAAAAGCUCAAAAUAUCGAUGUGUAAAAAUUAAGAAUAGAUUCUAUUUUUCGAGAAAAGAAAAUUAAAAGAAUAAAAAAAUGUACAAAGUAUAUUUAACGAAAGCACAAUUUAUGGAAAAUUGCAAUUUAUUUUUUCUCUAGUCUGUUCUGUAUAAUGUAAUUUCUGUUUAGGGGCAGAAAGUAAUGUAUGUCUAGUUUUUCAGAUUUGAAAAAUUAUUAAGAAUGUAAUAUAUAUUCUUAGAAUCGAAAAAAGAUUCUCAAGAAGAGAAGCUUUGAUUUUUAGAAAAGACUAUAGAACUAGGAAGAGAAAUUAGAUAAUAAUUUAUGUUCUUGAAGUUCAUGGGGUAAGAAAACAAAUUUUUGUUACAAAAAAAAUCUAGAGCGGAUUUGAUCGAAAAAGGAAAAAAAAACGUCAGAGGGAAAAAAAGUGGUGACGCCGGGGAAAAAAAGCUCGCGCAGCCGCUUUGCGCCUGCGCAAUCUUUUUUUCCCCUGCUUUUUGAAAUUUGUCAUUUGGAAUUAAUAUUAAUUAUUAACAUUGUGAUCUUCAUCUACGUAAUAAUUGCAUAAUAAAAAAUAGUGAUUGCGAGAAUAAUUUAUGCAAAUUUUUAAGAGAAUAUUUUAACGAAAAAGAAAAACAAUCCAGUAUUGUAAAUGUUCUUUUUUUUUUUUUUACUGGUUCCUAGAAUAUGACAUGAUACCGGUUAUAUGUAUUUUGAUAAGAUUUUACUCGAAUACUGUAAAUUUAAUUGAUAAUUACAAUAAGUUUUUUGUAAUUUAUUUUUCCUCAAAGUGAUAAACGUGUCAAAAUAACAAAAUAACGAAAAAUUAUUCAAUGACAACAAUAUUAUUGAAUAAUCACAAAAAAAAAGUAUUUUUUCUGUUUGUUCAUAAGCGGUUGAAUUUUAAGUCUCUGAAUUUUCAUCUGUGGCGAGUUUUUAAUUUUUUCUCUGUCAAUUUCGUUUAUGCUUUUAAUAAUGUUUAAAUAAUGUUUACAUUCGAUUUUUGAUGCAAGCUAUUUUUUUUUCUUUUUUUUUUAAUUAUUUUAUAAUUAGUUUUUGAUUACUGUACCUUCGCAGUUAAACUGUAGAGACUAUUUUGAUAUUAAGAAUAUUGUUUCAUCGUCAACUAUUGUCGCUUUUUAGUUUAAUGAAAAGGACCUAAUUUUAGUGAAA